AUGAGUUUGAUCACGAACGUACUGGUUAAAAGAAGCUGCUUCAAGGCGGGCUGGAGAAGGCCCUCGCAGUGGUACUCUCACUACUCCACCACAGCGGGCAAUGCCCGCGUAAACAAGAAGGGAAGCAAGGUAGUGCCUGUGAUGGCGGCGUUAGCACUGGCCUCUAUAUUUGCCAAGAAAUGGUACGACGGCUCGCAGAUCAAGAAGGCAGAUGCCACCAGCGUUACAGUCGACUCGUCCAUCUCCGCAUUUCCGAAGAAGAUGGGCCCCCCACAGUGGCCCUUUGCCACGCAGUACGAGCUGCUCGGGAAGGGUGUACGCUGCGUCUCAUCCAUCACUUUCAAGGCAUACGGCCUGGGCCUGUAUAUAGCUGCGGACGACAAGCAUUUGGUCGCUGAAGUGCUGGACUCGAAAUUUCUCUCUCAGGCGUUCAUCGACACUGCAUCCCCCUCGUCUCCCGCAAGGUCGCAUCAAGAGAACCUGCGUGCGGCUCUGAACGAUCCUGCGAAGGCCCCCAUCUUGAUCAAUAACCUCUUGGACAGCGGGAUUAGGCUCAUGUCCAAGAACACCCCCAUAAAGGCGGGUUCAUUUAAACUGCUGAUGGACGGAACCAGGAAAAGCGUUUUGAAGAACCCGGAUUCUCAGUCCCAGGACAAGACUCGACUGGAGGCCGGGUUCCAGGAAUUACACGACUGCUUCAGGAGUGUAAAGGGGCUUGUGGCUCGGGAUGACGACUUUUUCAUCGAGUUAAAUAAGGACUGCUCUGUGAACUUGUGCUACUACGCCAGGAAGAAGGACGAGUUCGUGAUGCUGGGCACCGUGAAGGAGCCUCUCAUCGGGAAGCUCUUGUUCGCUCACUAUUUCGCUGCUGUGGACCCUCCCUCCCAGGAGGCUAAACAGGAGGCGAUGGAUGCGCUCGUGUCCCUGGCUUAG